AUACAGACGACGUACUACAGAGCUAGAGCUAGCUAGCGCCUAGUGAAUAGUGAUAGAGUCCUAUAUAUAAUGGCGGAGGUGCAGGUAGAUGAGGUAGAAGGAGGCGAACGGCGGCGGCGGCGGCCGCUGGCGGAGUACGCGGCGGAGCUGGAGGCGGUGAGCUUGAGCGUGCGGGCGGCGCCGCCGCUGCGGCUGAAGGCGCUGGUGCGGGCGUGCCACCACGCGCUGGCCUUGUUCGACCUCCUCGGCGUGGAGGCCGGGUUCUGGAAGACGGAAUACGCGGAGCGGCUGGUGGCGCUGGAGCGCGCGGCGGAGGCCAUGGACAGCGCGGAGGAGCUCGUCGACCGCGACGUCGCCGCCGGCCGCGUCAGGGCCACCGGCACCCACUCCAACAACCUCGUCCGCGUCAAGCGCGGCAUCGAGCUCAAGCGGGCGCUCUUCCAGCUCAUGCUCGCGCAGCUGCAGCAGCAGCGACCAGGAGGAGGAGGAGUCUCCUUCGACGGGGUGGUGUCCAUGGCGUACGCCGCCGUGUUCGCCCGGUACCACGACAAGAACGUGCAGAGCACCGUCGCCGACUCCAUCUGCGCCAUCCCCGUCAAGUCCAUUUCCGACUUCUUCGCCACCAUCAAUGAGACCGAUGAAUCUGCGGCUGCAGAGAUGCAAAAGUACAUCGAUGCAGCCAACGGGAUCAUCAGCUACAUCGACGAGCUAUUCGCCUCCAGAGGCGUCAGCGCGGAUUUCUGAAGUCUGUCAUUCACACAUCAUGCAACAGGGAUGCUUAAUUAUCUGCAGACUAUGCGAACGGUGGUCAAUAAUAAUGUAGUAUUAAUAUUUACUUAUACUCUGCCUAUGGUCUUCUGGACCUACAGUAUAUAUGCAGUACAACAUGGUGUUUUUCCUCUUCUUUUAUCAAUGAAAUAAGGUAGUAAAACUUUCCUGUCGCCUCAGAAGACAGAAUGGUGGUCAACAUUUUUGCUCUGAA